GAUGCUGCCAGAGAUCAGAGCAAGGCUAAGAAAGAGGAGCCCGAGGAGGAGGCUGACAUGAAAGCGGUUGCCACCUCGCUGGAUGGCAGGUUCCUAAAGUUUGAUAUUGAACUCGGGAGGGGAUCCUUCAAAACGGUCUAUAAGGGUCUGGACACGGAGACGUGGGUGGAAGUUGCGUGGUGUGAACUUCAGGACAGAAAACUCACUAAAGUAGAGAGGCAGAGAUUUAAAGAGGAAGCAGAAAUGUUGAAAGGUCUACAGCAUCCAAACAUUGUGAGAUUUUACGACUUCUGGGAAUCCUGUGUAAAAGGCAAAAGAUGCAUCGUGCUGGUUACUGAAUUGAUGACCUCUGGAACGCUGAAGACGUAUCUGAAGAGAUUUAAAGUGAUGAAACCAAAAGUCCUGCGUAGUUGGUGCCGGCAAAUCCUGAAGGGUCUUCUUUUCUUGCACACAAGAACUCCGCCAAUAAUUCACAGAGACUUGAAAUGUGACAAUAUUUUUAUUACUGGACCAACUGGAUCUGUGAAAAUAGGAGACUUGGGUCUGGCAACCCUCAAGAGAGCUUCGUUUGCCAAAAGUGUAAUAGGUACACCAGAAUUUAUGGCCCCGGAAAUGUAUGAGGAACACUACGAUGAAUCUGUGGAUGUCUAUGCUUUUGGAAUGUGCAUGUUGGAAAUGGCUACCUCAGAAUACCCUUACUCAGAAUGCCAGAAUGCUGCUCAAAUUUACCGGAAAGUAACCUGUGGUAUAAAGCCAGCAAGCUUUGAGAAAGUUACUGAUCCUGAAAUUAAGGAGAUAAUUGGGGAGUGCAUUUGCAAAAAUAAAGAAGAAAGAUAUGAAAUUAAAGAUUUAUUAAGCCAUGCCUUUUUUGCUGAAGAUACUGGGGUAAGAGUGGAACUUGCAGAAGAAGACCAUGGUAGGAAAUCCUCUAUUGCCUUAAGACUCUGGGUAGAAGAUCCUAAGAAACUGAAAGGAAAACCCAAAGAUAAUGGAGCCAUUGAGUUUACUUUUGAUCUGGAGAAGGAAACUCCUGAUGAUGUUGCACAAGAAAUGAUUGACUCUGGAUUUUUUCAUGAAAAUGAUCUCAAGAUAGUUGCGAAGUCAAUACGUGACAGAGUAGCAUUAAUACUAUGGAGAAGAGAGAGAAUUUGGCCUAGGAUGCAGUCAGAGGAACGGCGGGACUCCGAAUGUCUGGAGAAGUUGAAGACGCCGCAUGCACAGCAGGUCCAGGUCACCUACCUUUCUCACACUGGUCACCAUGUCCUGUCGGAGUCGGAGGAGCCAGAGGCAGACCAGCAUCCCUUUCAGCAAAACCUGCCCACCAGCGUCACGUCUGUUGCGUCUGACAGCACAUUUGACAGUGGCCAGGGGUCCACUGUUUAUUCAGACUCCCAAAGCAGCCAGCAAAGCGUCAUCUACUCGUCUCUGCCAGACCCGGCACCUCCGGCUAUCCAACGGGUGUACAGCCCCCCUCUGAGCGAGAGCCAGGCUGUGCCCCAUAGCCUUCAGCAGCUGGGGCACUACCAGCAGCCCUCCGGACCUGGCCUCCCCGCGGUUCAGGCUGCGCCCGCGGUGGUGUCCCAGCGGCCCCAGCACUACCAGGAGCCAGCGAUGCCGUUCCCCGUCGUCCAGCCCACCACCGUCGCCUCGCUACCGCUGGGGCAGCCGCAGCCGGGGCUGGCUCGGCCACAGCCACCCAUGUCACAGCAAGCUUCUCUGCAGCAGGUGCUUGCCAGCCAGCCGGUCUGCCCGAUCCAGCCCGCGCCCCAUCUCUUGCCCCCGUACCAGCCGCAGAGCUCCCCGGUGGCAGCCAGCAGCACACCGCUGAAACCCCUUCAGAUUUCUACCGUGCCACAGCUUCCCCCGGUGGCCCCUUCCCAGAUUCCUCAGUUUCCUGUCAUUCCUGCAAUUACUCCUCUGGCAGGACUUGACAGCCUUCCUCCAAACCUCUCUGAUAUACCUGCUGCAAACGUGCCCCCCAUACCUGCUCCUUCUCAGUAUUUUGCUCCAGCCGUGAUUUUACCCAGCCUCCCCAUGAACCCCGCUCUGCCUAUGGCACCGAACUCCCCCGCCCUCCCCAUGCAGGCAGUCAACCUUCCUCAUACGACCGUGGCUUCUUUGGUCUUACCCUGCCAAACAAUAGUGCCAAAUAUGUCAGCCGCGACGAUACCGUUGCUUGCUGUGGCUCCGCCGGGAGUGCCGGCGCUGCCACCGCAUCCCGGGGUGCCCCAGCUGCCCCAGCAGCAGAUGUACCAGACCGCCUUCCAGCAGAUCAUUCAGAGCGAAGCGCCCUCUCCCCAUCACGCGCAGAGCACGCCAGCAGUGUCCCAGCCGCAGCAACCGCCACCUCCUCAGGCGCUUCAGCCGAGCGUAAUCCAUCCUUCAGACCAGACUUUGCCUGCGCCCGGGGCUGGUCACCAGCAGAUGACUGGACACAUGCAGUACGCUUUGGAAGCUGGAGCCCAGGUGCCCGUGCUGCCGGUGCAACCUUCGAUAGUCAUGUCACCGCCUUUGCAGUUGCAGCCUGAACUGUUGCCUCCCCGCGUCGCUCCAGAAGGCAUUUCCCAGAUUCAUGGCAGCCUUGCUACGGCGAGUCCGCCUGUCCCCAUAGAUCACUGUCUGCCUCUCCAGCCUUCUGGUCUGCUGCAGCUUCAGCCCGAGCUCCCCCAGCCGCUGGGUCAGCAGCUCCCAGCUCCCUGCUCAGCUCGCCAGGCAGUCGCGGAGACAUCUCAAGAGGAGCAGGCAAUACAGGACAAACUUCAAACUCUGUCUCAGAGCUGUGAAAGCUACAUGAGUCCAGAUGUUGCUUCGGGUAAAGAGAUGAGUGACAGCUUUGAAGGAGCAAUAGGAAGUGGAAAACAAGAAGGAAAGUCUUCAAAGAAACAUAAGAAAUCUACACGCGCUCGUUCGCGCCAGGAGAAGUCCAGCAGACCCAAACUGACCAUAUUAAAUGUUUGUAACACGGGCGAUAAGAUGGUGGAGUGCCAGCUGGAAACACACAAUCACAAAAUGGUGACUUUUAAGUUUGAUUUGGAUGGUGACGCACCAGAGGAAAUCGCUACUUACAUGGUAGAGAAUGAAUUCAUACUGCAGAGUGAAAAAGAGACGUUUAUUGAACAAAUGAAAGAUAUUAUUGAUAAAGCAGAAGAUAUGCUCAGUGAAGAUACAGAAGGAGAGCGAAGUUCUGAUCAGGGAACGAGUCCCCAACAAGAUACCGAUAGACUGGAAAUGAAUGAGGAGAAGCGGCAGUCUCAAAUGAAGACAACCGUGUAUCAACAGAAUGUUUUGCAUACUGGAAAAAGGUGGUUUAUUAUAUGUCCCGUUGUGGAAAACCCUGCUACUGAUGCACCAGAGUUUUCUCCGCCGGUCCCUCAGAGUACACAGCAGGCUGAAGGGCCAGACCUGGAGCAGUCGGAUGAUCAGCAAGUGAGCUCGGCGGUGACGGAUCUGCCCGGUGUAUUACCUGGUCAGCAGCUUCCCCUGCAAGCAGGUGUAUGUGACAGUCCCAUGGGAGCCUCUCCGUCCCUGGCGCAAGUUCCUGCCACAGCAUCGUCUGCCGGCUUGCUGAGCCAGGCAGAGUUCUCAGCUCCGACGCUCCCAGGAUCUGCUCCAAAUAUCCUAGAGCAGGCGGCUGCUAACGGAGGUCAGCUGGAGUAUUCUCCGCUGAAGGCAGCGAUACCCACUCAGCCGGGCACUCCUGCCCCCCGUGCCGCCUUGCUGGAGGAGCCUUCCGAUGCUGUCCUUGCUC